AUGGAGACUGCUAAGAACGCCGCCAACUACGCCAAGGAGACUGUCCAGGGCACUGGAGCCGAGGCCUCCAAGGAGACCAACAAGAACGUCGCAAACGACUCUGAUGCUGGCUUCGGUACCCGAGAAAGCGCUGCAAAGGAUGCCUUCGCUGACAAGAAAGACGAGAAGUCUCAUGACGCCAAGGCGGAUGUGAAUAAAGGUAAUUUAACAUUUCUGGUAUCAUUUCGAUGCAUGAAACGUUAA